AUGGCCACAGAUUUUCUCACUGAUCUUGAGCUACAACAUUGGUUGAUCACUGGGAAAUUCUCCACCCCGACAAGAGAAAAUGAAUGGAGAGAGAUUUUAGAAAAUCAAGAGAAUCGUCUACAAGAGGAAGAUCUUGAGGAAUUCAUCGCGCCUGUCAUCCGUGGGGCAAAUGAUGAGACACCAUCAUCAAUCCUAAUCGCUCAUCUGGGCCGUGGGCACACUUCGUUUCACCAAAUCGAGACAGUUUUCGGGGAUUUCGGAGAACUAACGAUUAUUGAUCGAAAUCCGUAUUACACGGAAAAGGGCUAUGUGGCGGUUGGAUUCGAGAGGGAAAGAGAUGCCAUAGAGGCUUACACUUCACUAAACCAGCCGGGUCGCCGGGUUGAGAAGCAUUUGAAUCGACGGAUUCGUUGUUACUAUUAUGGUGGUGAGGAUUUGAUUGCACAGACUUAUUCGGGCUUUGAGACGAGUAGCCAGGCUUCAAGUAGUCAAGCUUCAACGAGUUCAAAUCGAUCGACAGCUCAAGGUUCUAGAGUGAAAAAUCUUCGAGAUUUACUCGAGAAACGCCCAGGAAACUCAAGGAUUCAAGAUGAAUCAGUCGAAAUCGAAGAGAUGCUUAAUCAGAAAGAGAAAAAAGCGGAAAAAGCAGAAAAAUCAAGUCAAAGUUCCGCAGAAGUUGAAGAGCUGAGUCCAGGAAUUUGCAAAAUUUGCACAGUUAAAGUGGUCGACGUGGCGUUUAUCCCCUGUGGACACACCGCGUGCACCUCGUGUUUCCCCCAACUCAACGAGUGUUGCCCAUUCUGUCGACUCACCGUCAUCCACUCGAACAAAAUCUAUCUAUCG